CGGAGUCCGACGAACUGGAGACCAUCCAGGAGCACGGUGGAACCGGCUCAGAGUGUGGAUCGGAGUGUGCCGAGCAGGACCCAGAGUAAAUUUACUCUUCCUUUUGAAAACAAGCAUCGCUGAAAAUAACCGAGUGAACGCUCAAUAUGGCAUCUGCAAGCUCCUCGCAGUCGACAUUCAGGUUGGGUCGCAGCAAGAAGAACCCGACUGUUAUGGAUCAGAUCGGAAAGUUUUUUGGAGGGGACAAGAAGAAAAAGGGAAAGGGAUCUUUCCGGGGUGCUUUGUCCUCCUCACCUCAGAGAUCAAGCUCAUCACCUCGCCGCCGUGCUGAUGAGAAUGCUGUGGUACACUUUUUCAGAAACAUUGGUUCUCCUUCUACCCCCAAAUCUAGGGGAGAUCAGAAGUCACAAAGCUCUGGUAAAGGCCAAAAAGGGCGUGGAGACAGUCAAGGUUCAUUGACCAGGAUCUUCAAAAGGGGAGGAAGCCAGUCUACCUCAUCCAAGCGUUAACAUCACAUUGUAUUGUUAAAACCCAUUUAAGGAUGAGAUAAAGGAGAUCAACUCUUCUGUCUUUUCUUUUUAAAUAGUCUAAUAUAGUAACUGACUUGAUCAGGCUUUGCAUUUAUAUGUGACAUUAUAGUCUGUCUCUGUUUUUUUGUUGUUAAUUUAAACUAACAUGGUUGUGGGUAACACUUUACAACCUGUAUUUGUUAACAUUAGUAAAUGCAUGAACUAACAAUGAGCAAUAUCGUUUUUAGCAUUUGUUAAUGCCAUUAUGAAAGUUUUGAAUAAUGUGUUGGUAAAUGUUGAAAUUAACAUGAACUUGCUUAUAAAUGUAAUAAAUUGUGUAGACAUAUUGUCUAUUGUUAGUUCAUGUUAGCUAAUUCAUUAACUUAUGUUUAACAAAUACACUCUUAUUGUAAAGUGUUACCUGGUUUUGUUAAACAUUUGUCAUCGUCAGAAUAAAACUAGUAAGUGUGUUGGCCAGAGACUGAAAUCCAGUCAGCUCUUAUAGGACUGGUUAGGUCAGCACCAGUAUUUGUCUAACAGACGUCUUGUCUCUGUACAGAUGGAAUUUUUUGCUGAUGAAUUUAGUAACAGACAAACCUGUGAACAACACUGUUGUUGAGUAUUCUUGUGCCAUGAUUUGCAAUGUGUUUAAUAGUUUAUGUGGGUAUGUUCCAGAAUUCAUUUCUAUCAAUUAAAAUGUAUUAUUAGUUAGCAAUGUUGCAAAAGCACAAACAGAAAUAUAUGCUUGUCAUUUCAUCAGGAAACAUAUGCCAUACAAACUAAAGAAAAGGUGUUGUAUACAAACUAAUGUGAUAUGUUGAUGUCUGCUUUUUUAAGGCAACAAAUAAAAGUGCAAAAACAA